AUGGCGGAUCGGACAGCUCCCAGCUGCCAGCUCCGGCUGGAGUGGGUGUACGGGUACCGGGGUCACCAGUGCCGCAACAACCUGUACUACACCGCCGGCAAGGAAGUGGUCUACUUUGUGGCUGGCGUCGGGGUGGUUUACAGCACCCGCGAGCACAGCCAAAAAUUCUUCUUGGGACACAACGACGACAUUAUCAGCCUUGCCUUACACCCAGAUAAAACCCUUGUUGCAACUGGCCAAGUUGGGAAGGAGCCAUAUAUAUGUAUAUGGGACUCCUAUAAUGUCCAGACUGUGUCUAUUCUGAAAGAUGUUCAUACACAUGGAGUCGCCUGCCUGGCUUUCGACUCGGAUGGACAGCGUUUAGCCUCUGUGGGAUUGGAUGCCAAAAACACAGUCUGCAUUUGGGACUGGAGGAAGGGAAAACUUCUGGCCUCAGCCACUGGCCACUCCGACCGGAUUUUUGAUAUUUCCUGGGAUCCAUAUCAGCCAAACAGAGUGGUUAGCUGUGGAGUGAAACAUAUAAAGUUUUGGACACUAUGUGGAAAUGCCCUGACUGCAAAAAGAGGGAUAUUUGGCAAAACGGGGGAUCUUCAGACCAUCCUUUGCCUUGCAUGUGCCAAAGAAGACAUCACCUACUCUGGUGCUUUAAAUGGCGACAUCUAUGUCUGGAAAGGGCUCAAUUUAGUCCGCACCAUUCAAGGAGCACAUAGUGCUGGAAUCUUCAGCAUGUAUGCUUGCGAAGAAGGCUUUGCCACUGGUGGACGAGAUGGGUGUAUACGAUUAUGGGAUACUGAUUUCAAACCAAUAACCAAAAUUGAUCUCAGGGAGACAGAACAAGGAUAUAAAGGCCUCUCUAUCCGGAGUGUGUGCUGGAAAGCAGACCGCCUUCUAGCAGGGACCCAGGACAGCGAGAUAUUUGAAGUGAUCGUGCGAGAACGGGACAAGCCAAUGCUGAUCCUGCAGGGCCACUGUGAGGGGGAGCUCUGGGCUCUGGCCCUGCACCCCAAGAAGCCGCUGGCUGUGACAGGCAGCGAUGACCGCUCUGUCAGGCUGUGGAGCCUGGCAGACCAUGCCUUGAUCGCCCGCUGUAACAUGGAGGAAGCGGUUCGAAGCGUUGCUUUCAGCCCCGAUGGAUCUCAGUUGGCCCUGGGCAUGAAGGACGGAUCUUUCAUUGUUCUCCGAGUCAGAGAUAUGACAGAAGUGGUUCAUAUCAAAGAUCGAAAAGAAGUCAUUCACGAAAUGAAAUUUUCUCCAGAUGGUUCUUAUCUGGCAGUGGGAUCCAAUGAUGGCCCAGUAGAUAUCUACGCUGUCGCCCAGCGGUAUAAGAAAAUAGGAGAAUGCAACAGGUCUCUCAGUUUCAUCACACACAUCGACUGGUCUUUGGAUAGUAAAUACUUGCAAACUAAUGACGGUGCCGGAGAACGGCUGUUCUACAAAAUGCCAUCUGGGAAGCCUUUAACAAGUAAAGAAGAAAUCAAAGGGAUUCCCUGGGCCUCCUGGACAUGUGUGAACGGCCCAGAAGUGAGUGGGAUUUGGCCAAAAUACACUGAUGUCACUGACAUCAACUCAGUGGAUGCAAAUUACAACAACUCAGUACUGGUGUCUGGAGAUGAUUUUGGACUGGUUAAAUUGUUUAAGUUUCCUUGUCUCAAGAAAGGAGCCAAAUUUAGAAAGUAUGUGGGUCAUUCUGCACAUGUCACAAACGUCCGCUGGUCUCAUGACUUUCAGUGGGUAUUAAGCACAGGAGGGGCUGACCACUCGGUUUUCCAGUGGAGAUUUAUUCCAGAAGGUGUCAGCAAUGGCCUGCUGGAAACAGCACCCCAGGAAGGUGGCUCCGAUUCCUAUAGUGAAGAAUCUGAUUCGGAUUUAUCUGACGUGCCGGAGUUGGAUUCUGAUAUUGAGCAAGAAACUCAAAUCAAUUAUGAUCGCCAGGUUUACAAAGAAGAUCUACCUCAGCUAAAGCAACAAAGUAAAGAGAAAAACCAUGCAGUGUCCUUCCUCAAACGAGAAAAGGCUCCUGAGGACAGCUUGAAACUCCAGUUCAUACAUGGCUAUAGAGGCUAUGAUUGUAGAAACAAUCUGUUCUACACACAAGCUGGAGAAGUGGUCUAUCACAUUGCUGCAGUUGCUGUUGUGUACAAUAGGCAACAACACUCGCAGAGGCUGUACCUGGGACACGAUGAUGACAUUCUCAGCCUGACCAUCCAUCCAGUGAAGGACUAUGUGGCCACUGGGCAGGUUGGGAGAGAUGCUGCUAUUCAUGUGUGGGACACACAGACUCUAAAAUGUUUGUCACUGUUGAAAGGACAACAUCAGAGAGGAGUGUGUGCGCUCGAUUUUUCAGCCGAUGGAAAAUGUCUGGUGUCGGUUGGUUUAGACGAUUUUCACAGUAUUGUAUUUUGGGACUGGAAAAAGGGAGAAAAGAUAGCCACCACCAGAGGACAUAAAGAUAAGAUAUUUGUGGUAAAGUGUAACCCACACCAUGUUGACAGACUGGUCACGGUUGGGAUCAAGCACAUCAAAUUCUGGCAACAAGCAGGUGGGGGCUUCACCUCUAAAAGAGGAAUUUUUGGAAGUGUUGGAAAGUUAGAAACAAUGAUGUGCGUUUCUUAUGGGCGAAUGGAAGAUCUGGUGUUCUCAGGAGCAGCUACUGGAGAUAUUUUUAUUUGGAAGGAGAUUCUCCUACUAAAGACAGUGAAAGCUCAUGACGGGCCCGUGUUUGCUAUGUAUGCAUUGGAUAAGGGGUUUGUAACAGGUGGAAAGGAUGGAAUUGUGGAACUCUGGGAUGAUAUGUUUGAAAGAUGCUUGAAGACUUAUGCCAUUAAAAGAGCAGCAUUGUCAACCAGCUCAAAAGGCUUGCUUUUGGAAGAUAACCCUUCAAUUCGUGCCAUCACUUUGGGACAUGGACAUAUCCUGGUGGGAACAAAAAAUGGAGAGAUCCUGGAAAUUGAUAAGAAUGGCCCAAUGACACUGCUCAUUCAGGGGCACAUGGAAGGAGAAGUAUGGGGGCUGGCGGCUCACCCUCGCCUGCCUGUCUGCGCAACAGUGAGCGACGAUAAAACACUGCGGAUCUGGGAACUAUCCUCCCAGCACCGUAUGCUGGCAGUACGGAAACUCAAAAAAGGUGGAAGAUGCUGUGCUUUCUCCCCUGAUGGGAAAGCCUUAGCAGUUGGGUUGAAUGAUGGGAGUUUCCUGGUUGUAAAUGCCGACACUGUUGAAGACAUGGUCUCCUUCCAUCACAGAAAAGAAAUGAUCUCUGACAUUAAAUUUUCAAAAGAUACAGGAAAAUACCUUGCUGUGGCAUCCCAUGAUAACUUUGUGGAUAUUUACAACGUCCUUACAAGCAAAAGGGUUGGCAUCUGUAAAGGUGCUUCUAGUUACAUUACACACAUUGACUGGGACUCUAGAGGGAAAUUACUGCAAGUUAAUUCAGGUGCCAAAGAACAACUCUUUUUUGAAGCUCCAAGAGGCAAACGGCAUAUAAUAAGACCUUCAGAGAUUGAGAAGAUAGAGUGGGACGCUUGGACCUGUGUUCUGGGGCCCACCUGUGAGGGCAUCUGGCCAGUGCACAGUGAUGUGACUGAUGUGAAUGCUGCCAGUCUCACCAAAGACCAUUCCCUCUUAGCCACAGGAGAUGAUUUUGGUUUUGUUAAGCUUUUUUCAUAUCCUGUCAAGGGCCAGCACGCAAGAUUCAAGAGGUACGUGGGGCACAGUGCCCACGUCACCAACGUGAGGUGGCUGCACAACGACUCUGUGCUGCUCACGGUGGGCGGUGCCGACACGGCCCUGAUGAUCUGGACGAGGGAGUUUGUGGGGACCCAGGAGAGCAAGCUGGCGGACAGUGAGGAGUCAGACACUGACGCGGAGGAGGAUGGAGGCUAUGACAGUGACGUUGCUAGAGAAAAGGCCGUCGAUUACACCACCAAGAUCUGUGCUGUGAGCAUCAGGGAGAUGGAAGGCACCAAACCACACCAGCAGAUGAAAGAAGUUUCAGUGGAAGAAAGGUAUGGUGUUGCCAGGGGAUCCAGACCACCCGUUAGCAGAGCAGCUCCCCAGCCUGAGAAACUCCAGAAGAACAGUAUCACCAAAAAAAAGAAAUUGGUUGAGGAGCUGGCUCUCGACCACGUGUUUGGCUACAGAGGGUUUGACUGUCGCAAUAACCUGCAUUACCUGAAUGACGGUGCUGACAUCAUCUUCCACGCGGCCGCGGCCGGCAUCGUUCAGAACCUGUCCACAGGGAGCCAGAGCUUCUACCUGGAGCACACGGAUGACAUCCUCUGCCUCACGGUGAACCAGCACCCCAAGUACAGAAACGUGGUGGCCACCAGCCAGAUAGGAGCAACACCUUCCAUCCACGUGUGGGACGCCAUGACCAAACACACCCUCUCCGUGCUGCGGUGCUUCCACUCGAAGGGGGUGAAUUACAUCAACUUCAGCGCAACCGGGAAGCUGCUGGUGUCAGUGGGCGUGGACCCUGAGCACACCAUCACCGUCUGGCGCUGGCAGGAGGGUGCCAAGGUUGCUAGCCGAGGGGGCCACCUGGAGCGCAUAUUCGUGGUGGAGUUUCGCCCUGACUCAGACACACAGUUUGUGUCUGUCGGAGUCAAGCACAUGAAGUUCUGGACCCUGGCAGGCAGUGCCCUGCUUUAUAAGAAAGGGGUCAUCGGGUCCAUGGAGGCUGCCAAGAUGCAGACGAUGCUCUCCGUGGCCUUCGGUGCUAACAACCUCACUUUCACGGGUGCCAUCAACGGCGACGUCUACGUGUGGAAGGACCACUUCCUUGUCCGGCUGGUGGCCAAGGCUCACACAGGCCCCGUCUUCACAAUGUACACAACCCUUCGGGACGGGCUCAUAGUGACCGGUGGAAAAGAGCGGCCGACCAAAGAAGGAGGUGCUGUGAAACUGUGGGACCAGGAGAUGAAGCGCUGCCGGGCCUUCCAACUGGAGACGGGGCAGCUGGUGGAGUGUGUGCGCUCCGUGUGCCGCGGCAAAGGAAAGAUUUUAGUGGGAACCAAGGAUGGAGAAAUCAUUGAAGUUGGUGAAAAAAAUGCUGCUUCCAACAUCCUGAUUGAUGGACACAUGGAAGGGGAGAUCUGGGGCCUGGCCACACACCCCUCCAAGGACAUCUUCAUCUCUGCCAGUAACGACGGCACAGCCCGAAUCUGGGACCUGGCUGACAAGAAGCUGCUAAACAAGGUGAACCUGGGCCACGCGGCCAGGUGUGCAGCCUACAGCCCUGACGGGGAGAUGGUGGCCAUUGGCAUGAAGAAUGGAGAGUUUGUCGUCUUGUUGGUGAACAGCCUGAAAGUUUGGGGGAAGAAACGAGACCGGAAAUCUGCUAUCCAAGAUAUCAGAAUCAGCCCAGACAGCAGAUUCUUAGCUGUUGGUUCUUCUGGACACACAGUUGACUUCUAUGACCUCACUCAGGGCACGAGUCUGAACCGCAUCGGCUACUGCAAAGAUAUCCCAAGCUUUGUCAUUCAGAUGGAUUUUUCCGCGGACGGCAAAUACAUCCAGGUGUCAACAGGAGCCUACAAGCGCCAGGUGCAUGAGGUCCCCCUGGGGAAGCAGGUCACCGAAGCCACGGUCAUUGAGAAGAUCACCUGGGCCUCCUGGACAAGCAUUCUGGGAGACGAAGUCAUUGGCAUCUGGCCACGAAACGCAGACAAGGCUGAUGUCAACUGCGCGUGUGUGACCCACGCUGGCCUGAACAUUGUCACGGGAGACGACUUUGGGCUCGUGAAGCUCUUUGAUUUCCCAUGCACAGAGAAAUUUGCCAAGCAUAAGCGUUACUUCGGUCACUCGGCUCACGUGACAAACAUCCGUUUCUCUCAUGACGACAAGUACGUGGUCAGCACUGGAGGAGACGACUGCAGUGUGUUCGUGUGGCGAUGCCUGGAAGUGCCAGAGUCCUCUUACUUUAUUGCUGCUGCUGCCGCCAGCCACCGCGGAGGCAGUGAUGAGGUGCCUCCUGGCCGCCAGCUGCUGGGAAAGGCCUACGACACCGCAGGCCGUACAAGCUCCAAGUGCUAGUGAAGUGGUGUGACGGCGCCCAUCGCCUGGAAUCUCCAAAACCGUCAGGCCAAAAAGGAAGGUCAGUUCUAACACGUUAAGACUGCUUGCCUCUGUUCCUGAGACCAAAAACUAUACGUACUAACUACACUGACAAAGAAAUCCUAUCUGACAAUGUAGCCCACUAACAAAAUUUAAAGCCUCAGUUACCCUAACCAAUAUGUAGCUUUUGAUUUGCAUCAAAACUUUUACAAAAGAUGUUUUGCUAGUACGUUUCUAUAUACUUUAAAAAUGUUCAUUUUUACAAUUAAGGAAGUUGAACAGGACAGCUUAAGUUAGAUUCACUGAACUAGAAAUAUCGGUAGCCUCUGUUCUCCACAUUUAGCUUUCAAAACCAAAUGAGCCAUGUAUAAACAAGUUGAGACACUUAAUUUUUUAACGUUUCAUUUGCAGAGUUUUAUAUCCAUUAAGUGCCUUUGAAAGCUUCCAGGUGUGUGGGCUGCUGUCUCCCCUCCCACAGAUUGUCUCCUUUCUACAUAUGGUGCUAAAACGUCAAAACUGAGGAGGGCUACAGGACCCUCAGCAGACUCCUGCUCUGCCACCCAGGUCAGGUAUUUAGGUCAAGGCUUCCUAAAUGAAAGACAUCAGUUACCUGCCUGGAAAACAGUGGCUAUUUGAAGUUGAGCAGCAAAGAAACUUAAAUUCAGGAG